AUAUAAACCAUAAAUCAACGUUUAUGUGAAUGGUUAUCCUGAUUUUAAGGCAGCCAUUGAAGAAAAGUUCAUGCGAAGUCAAAUAAACAAAAAUUAUGUUUUCCCAAGAACCAAGGAAGACCUAUCUGAAAGUCGUUGCGAGGUAAAGAAAACACUUCCGAUUAGAAGAAGAACUAAUACAGAACCAAACUAAGUGGAAUUAAAGUAACAAUGUCAACCCAAGUCGGCUGAGAAAAAGGAGACUAAAUAAUUACUAAUAAAAGGGUCUAUGACUGAGAGGAAGAGUGUGCGAUAGACAAUUCCAUAGACUCAAAUACUUGCAGAUUAAAUUCUCAAGCAAUUUGAAUUGUAUAAGAGGAACAAAAGACUCAUGAGUGUUGGGAAAUCAUUGAGUAGAAUAAGAAAUUUGUUACAAAAAUAACAGAUGUGA